AUGAGCGCUCUCUCGGGCUCUCAGCUAUCGUUUAGCUCACCUGUUUCCCGGUCUUCACGGUCGCCAUCAGCGAACGCAAGACUUCCUGGACUCCUCGCCCAGGCAUCUGUUGUCGCAAGUCCAGUCGAGUCUGCAAAAAGUAUUGCCUCGUUCUUUACAAAGCUGCGGUCCGCUUCUUCUCCGCCGAGACACUCCGAGUUUUACUUGCAGGAUGAACUAUCUGUCUUCCUGGUAGACGGGGUGUUAUUCCGUGUACAUCGCUUUUUUUUGCAGCGCGAGUCUGAUGUUUUCCGCACUAUGUUUGUGUGUCCUCCAACGCAAGACGGUCCUGAUGGACUCAGUGAUGACAAGCCAAUCGUCCUGCCUGAAGUCACAGUUGCUGAGUUUGAGGGCUUGCUCAAGUUCCUAUACGAUGGGGGUACCUCGCCAUCUCCUUUCUCAACAGCAGAAGAAUGGGUCAGAUUACUGUCUAUCGCAACCCGCUAUGGAAUGGAGCGUAUCCGCGCGAGAGCGUUGCAUGAACUAGAGUAUCUCCCACCGCUUGAUCCCAUCCAGAAGAUUACCCUGGCGCGGAAGCACGACGUGCAAGAGUGGCUGUUGCCCUCUUACGUAGCGCUUUGUUUAAGGCGACAGCCCUUGAAUGUGCUAGAGGCAGUAGAACUUGGGCUGGAGACCAUGGUACUGAUAGCGAUGGGCAGAGAAGCCGUGAGGGACCCUGGUACUCUGAAAGAUUUCCAAGACGCUAGGCAGCCACUAGGAUAUGAAGAAUUUAUGACGGACAUCGUCGCUGACGUAUUUGGGGAAAUGGAGAGGUUUCAGGUGCUUGAAAUACGUAACGCGGAGCGGUGCGCAGCAUGCAAAAGAUCUGAGGGGAGUGUAUUUGACAUAAUACAAUUUAACAGUGACAGUACAGUUAUACAAUUACAGGAACAAGCGUGUUAUGUAUGUUGUUUUGAGCUAAUUUGGACGUAA